AGCUUUUUAUUGUUAUGAUGGAAGAUAUACACAAAAAUCAAGUAGAAGAAGUGUUGCCGUACCAGUAUGAACCAGAAGUUGGGGCAGAAACAGGCCAUUUAAGCGCUGAAAGCGGUUCCGAACAAGACAGUGAGUUGUCUUCGUCUGACGAAGAAGUCGAUCACGAGUUUGAAAGGGUAAAUGCUUGGCGCCUUCAAACUCUUAGUUGGUGUAAAUGCGGACAUUGCACUAUAUCGAACAAGACUAUUGAGUGUUUUUGUUGCCACGAGAAAGCAUUGGAAUACGACGAAUACGACGUUCUCCUUAACCAAACAGAAACACAAGACAAGCAGUGUGUUACAACACAUCGAGAAUUCAAUGAAAACAUGCUUUCAGAAGGAGUGCUAAAAGUCGAUGUGUGCCGUUACCUUGAGGAAAACUGGCCUCUUGAUGAUGAGGAUCUAGAAAGAGUACACAAACUCUAUCGACUAGUAGCGUAUCAGAGGUGUUCUCGGUGGAUUUUCCAGAUCUUGGGGAAGAAAAAGCGAAGACCCUUCCCAGCUUGUGUAUAUGCAAAGAUACGAGAACGCUUCGAGUCGCCUGACGGUUUAUACACUCACUUUAAAUACGCAAGAAAAUCAAAACGGUAAAGCUGGCUUACUGAAUCGUGACUUCUUGUUAGCUACGACUUGUUCUUUUGAGGGUCUCUCCUUUCCUGCCAAGUACUGUUGAACAAGU